AUGGCGAGCAACGGAGUUAAGGUCACUGCUACAAUGGAGAAUGGCGGAGGAAUUUCUGCUGGUGAGAACCCAAAGAUAAUCGUAGACCUCAACACUGCGGAGACGGAUGACAUUCUCGACGGAGAAGUCAAGGGAUUUUCGGAAUCCGAUGAAGUUUCUGGUGAGAAGAAGGACGAUGCCGACUCUAAGGCUAUUGGAUCGGCCGAUUCUGGGGAUGCAUCUCCGGUCGAUGAUAUUCAGAAGAAGAUUCGACGUGCUGAGAGGUUUGGAGUUUCUGUGAAGCUAACCGAAGAGGAGAAGCGCAAUUCGCGUGCUGAGAGGUUUGGAACUGUAGCAGUUGGGAAUGGCUCAGCGGGAGCGAAGAAAGGAGAGGAAUUGAAGCGAAAAGCUAGAGCUGACAGAUUUGGCGUUCCUGCAUCAUCCCCUGCCACUGAUAACACUGAGGAAGAUGCAAAGAAGAAAGCUAGGCUCGCUCGUUUUGGGAAAGAUACCAAAGCUGAUACUAAAGUUGAUUCGGCUGAAGAAGAUAAACGCAAAGCAAGGGCCUUAAGGUUCUCCAAAACUUCUUCCGAUUCAUCUUCAGAUUUACCUGUGAAGCAAAUUGGCAAGGAGGCAGCUGUAUCAGGAAACGCUGCCUUGGCUUCCUGA